AUGGAGCUUCCUCAACCUCGUCCUUUCAAAACCGAAGGGAGAAAACCAACACAUGAUUUUUUAUCGCUCUGCAGUCAUUCAACAACAGUCCAGCCAGAUCCAAAGCCAACACCUUCUUCUCAAGGUAGCCAUUUGAAGACCCAUGACUUUCUACAACCGUUAGAAUGUGUUGGUGCGAAAGGAGAGAUAAGUAGGAUUGACACAAGCAGGACAGCUUCCGAGAAGCCACCGCCGCCUGCACCACCUCCUCCGCUGCAACACGUGCUUCCCGGUGGUAUAGGAACGUACACGAUCAGCCCUAUUCCUUAUUUCCACCAUCAUCAUCAGAAGAUUCCUAAGCCGGAGUUGUCACCACCGAUGAUGUUCACUGCUGCUGCUCAGUCGAGUGGCGGGAAUGAGAGAAACGUUGUGGACGAGAAUUCAAACUCUAAUUGCAGCUCGUACGCUGCUGCAGCAAGCGGGUUCACUCUGUGGGAUGAAUCUGCUUCGGGGAAGAAGGGACAGACAAGGAAGGAGAAUAGUGUUGGGGAGAGAGCAAACGUUAGAGCUGAUGUUGCAACAACUAUGGGACAAUGGCCGGUGGUGGAACGACGGUCCCAGUCUUUGACAAAUAACAAUAUAAGCGGUUUCAGUUCUCGCUCUUCCUCUCAAGGGUCGGGACUAAAGAGCCAGAGCUUCAUGGACAUGAUAAGGUCAGCUAAAGGAAGUUCACAUGAAGAUGACUUAGAUGAUGAAGAAGAUUUCAUCAUGAAGAAAGAAAACUCAUCCACUAGCCAGAGCCAUAGAGUUGAUUUGAGAGGAAAAGGAGACGCUAGAGGCUCUGCUAACGAUCAAAAGCUGAAUACGCCAAGGUCUAAACAUUCUGCUACAGAACAACGAAGGAGGAGCAAGAUCAAUGAUAGAUUUCAAACGUUGAGACAACUAAUACCUAACAGCGACCAAAAGCGGGACAAGGCCUCCUUCUUACUUGAGGUUAUCGAGUAUAUUCAAUUCUUACAGGAGAAAGCAAACAAGUAUGAGACCCCUUACCAAGGAUGGAAUAACGAACCUGCGAAGCUAUUAGAUUGGCAAAGAAAUAACCCACAGCUAGUACCUGAAGGAGGUGUUGCUUUUGCUCCAAAAUUGGAAGAAGAGAAGAACAGCACUCCGGUUUCUGUCCUAGCUACAGCACAAGGCGUUGUUGCCGAUCAUUCAGAAACACCGAACCGAGCAAUGCCAACAACUGCACCAUUUCCUCUGUCGGUUCAGAACAGCAGCUUUCUCUCUCCUGUAUUUACUGCUAAUCCCGUUGCUCAGUUCCACACAAGAGUCGCUUCAUCAGAAACUGUAGAGCCAAGCCCGAGUUCUCGGAGUCAGCCUCAGCCAUUGAAAGAAGAAGAAGAAGAAGAGGAUGAGGAAGUUCAUGAGGGUAACAUCAGUGUAUCAAGUGUUUACUCACAAGGGUUAGUGAAAACACUGAGAGAAGCAUUGGAGAAUUCGGGAGUGGACUUGACGAAAGCUAGCAUCUCCGUCGAAAUCGAGCUAGCUAAACAGUCCUCUUCCCUCAAGGGUUAUGAAGUUCGUGAGCAGAUUUCUCGAACCGGAAACGACGACGUCAAGCAUACUCGGAAAUCAAAACGGCUCAAAACGGACAAUAGAAGUUAA